UUCCCUUUCCUUUUUUUGUGAAUGAAAAAAGGAGGUCGUGAGCGGUCCCCGGGACUGCAGCGCUAGGCGUCUUCGCGGCCGCGCCUUCGGAGCGGGCCGGGCGCGUAGCGGCGGCGGCCUCGCCCCUCUCCUCAACUGCGCGUCGCUUCCAGCCUCCGCAGCCAGAGGACCCGCGGCGGCGGCGCGGCCCAGCCGCCCGAGGUCUGAGCGGCCGCGCACAGCCCACUCCGGCGUGCCUCCAUGACAUUGGGCGCCCGGGGCGCGGGGAGAUGCUGAUCCGGAAGAGGCAAUGGCUGCAGUGCCGCGCGCGCGGCCGCUCCCGGCCCGCCGUCCGGCCUGGGCUGCUCUGUCAGAGUUUCUGAUCUAGCGCGACCCGGGCCCGGAGCCUGUAGCAGCAGCAGCAGCAGCAGCAGCAGCAGCAGCAGCAGCAGCAGCGCGGCGGCGCCGGCAUCGUCCUAACUUGCACGCGCGGAGUGACCCCCAGACAUUUCACUAAAAUGAGCGUGCUUAGCAGGAAGAGAUGUGUUCCUUACACUAGAAAUUACCCCGUCACAUGUAGUGGUGUCCCAAUUAAUGGAUUCUGACAUGGAUUAUGAAAGGCCAAACGUAGAGACCAUCAAGUGCGUUGUGGUGGGAGACAACGCGGUGGGCAAGACCAGACUCAUCUGUGCCCGGGCCUGCAAUGCCACGCUCACCCAGUACCAGCUGCUUGCCACCCAUGUGCCCACGGUUUGGGCCAUCGACCAGUAUCGGGUGUGCCAGGAGGUGCUGGAACGCUCCAGAGAUGUGGUAGAUGAUGUCAGCGUCUCCCUCCGCCUCUGGGACACCUUUGGAGACCACCACAAAGACCGCCGCUUUGCUUAUGGGAGAUCCGAUGUGGUGGUUCUGUGCUUCUCCAUUGCCAACCCCAAUUCCCUCCACCAUGUCAAGACCAUGUGGUACCCAGAAAUCAAGCACUUCUGCCCCCGAGCACCUGUCAUCUUGGUGGGCUGCCAGCUGGACCUGCGCUAUGCUGACCUGGAGGCCGUCAAUAGGGCCAGGCGACCCUUGGCUAGGCCCAUCAAGCCCAAUGAGAUCCUUCCCCCAGAGAAGGGUCGGGAGGUAGCCAAGGAGCUGGGCAUCCCCUACUACGAGACCAGCGUGGUGGCCCAGUUCGGCAUCAAGGACGUCUUUGACAACGCCAUCCGCGCCGCACUCAUCUCCCGCCGGCACCUGCAGUUCUGGAAAUCCCACCUCCGCAAUGUGCAGCGGCCUCUGCUGCAGGCGCCCUUCUUGCCUCCCAAGCCGCCUCCCCCCAUCAUCGUGGUGCCAGAUCCCCCCUCCAGCAGCGAGGAGUGCCCCGCCCACCUCCUGGAGGACCCGCUGUGCGCGGAUGUCAUACUGGUGCUGCAGGAGCGGGUGCGCAUCUUUGCCCACAAGAUCUACCUCUCCACCUCCUCCUCCAAGUUCUACGACCUGUUCCUCAUGGACCUGAGUGAGGGGGAGCUGGGGGGCCCCUCGGGGCCAGGGGGCCCCCGCCCAGAGGACCACCGGGGUCACCCUGAUCACCACUACCACCAUCACCACCACCACCACCAUGGCCGGGACUUUCUGCUUCGGGCGGCCAGCUUUGACGUAUGCGAGAGCGUGGAGGAGGGCGGGGGCUCGGGUCCUGCUGGGCUCCGCGCCUCAACCAGCGAUGGGAUCUUGCGGGGCAAUGGAACAGGGUAUCUGCCAGGGAGGGGUCGAGUACUGUCUUCCUGGAGCCGAGCUUUUGUGAGCAUCCAGGAGGAGAUGGCUGAAGAUCCUCUGACCUACAAAUCCCGGCUGAUGGUGGUGGUAAAAAUGGACAACUCCAUCCAGCCGGGGCCCUUCCGGGCUGUUCUCAAGUACCUGUACACCGGGGAGCUGGAUGAGAACGAGCGGGACCUCAUGCACAUCGCCCACAUUGCUGAACUGCUUGAGGUCUUUGAUUUACGCAUGAUGGUGGCCAACAUUCUCAACAAUGAGGCCUUCAUGAACCAAGAGAUCACUAAGGCCUUCCAUGUCCGUCGGACCAACCGGGUUAAGGAGUGCUUGGCAAAGGGCACCUUCUCAGAUGUGACUUUCAUCCUGGAUGAUGGCACCAUCAGCGCCCAUAAGCCCCUGUUGAUUUCCAGCUGUGACUGGAUGGCUGCCAUGUUUGGGGGGCCAUUUGUGGAGAGUUCCACCCGGGAGGUGGUGUUUCCUUACACGAGCAAGAGCUGCAUGAGGGCAGUGCUGGAAUACCUCUACACGGGCAUGUUCACCUCCAGUCCCGACCUGGACGACAUGAAGCUCAUCAUCUUGGCCAACCGCCUCUGCCUGCCACACUUGGUUGCCCUCACAGAGCAGUACACAGUGACCGGGCUGAUGGAAGCAACUCAGAUGAUGGUGGACAUUGAUGGAGAUGUCCUUGUGUUCCUCGAACUGGCUCAGUUCCACUGUGCGUACCAGUUGGCCGACUGGUGUCUUCACCACAUCUGCACCAAUUACAACAACGUGUGCCGCAAGUUCCCGCGAGACAUGAAGGCCAUGUCCCCAGAAAACCAGGAGUAUUUUGAGAAGCACCGGUGGCCGCCUGUCUGGUACCUAAAGGAAGAAGAUCACUACCAGCGGGCACGGAAGGAACGUGAGAAGGAGGACUAUCUCCACCUGAAACGGCAGCCCAAGCGGCGGUGGCUGUUCUGGAACAGUCCGUCCUCACCGUCCUCUUCUGCGGCCUCCUCGUCGUCCCCAUCUUCCUCCUCGGCUGUGGUCUGAGACGCUGCCACCCUCUCCUGAUCCCGCUGCUGUUCUCCCCACUCGCCUUCGCCCCUCUGCUCUUCUGCAUCGCCCCCUCCACCUCCCAGGGACAAGGGGACCCGCGUAACCAGGACCCUAAGGGCAGGGCUGUUCUCACCAGCCAACACAGCUCAGCAAGAGAGGAGGGGGGCCUUAUGGAUCAGGACAGGGACCCCUGCCGGGGUCCCCAGUUCCAAAGCAGGGCAGGAGGCG